UGCUGAACGAGUCUUUCUGAAGUCACAUCUGAGGAUGUGCGAGAAAAUAUCCGGUUGCAAUUGACUGGCAGCGGCAGCCGGAUCACUAAAAGUGUCGUCUUCCCACGGGACCUCCUGUGAGCGCGUGAACGGACACCGAGCGCGGCGCGCGCUGAAGAUGAGCGCACUUGCCAUGUUACAACUUAAUAGCGCAGCCGCGAAACUGUAGUAUGGACCAGCUAUGUUGUCCAGAAAAGGACUCAUUCCCGAUGACUACUUCUUGACUCGGUUGGCGGAGAAUGUGUUACAGCCCAAAUUUAAAUCGGCUAAAUCGAGGACGGCGCGAUUCGUCGCCAAGAACGGAACGUGCAACGUCGCGCACACGAACAUACGCGAACAAGGACGGUUUCUACAAGACGUGUUCACCACUCUAGUGGAUCUAAAAUGGCUUCACACUCUGGUGAUCUUCACCAUGUCCUUCUUGUGCAGUUGGCUGUUGUUCGGGAUGGUCUGGUGGCUCAUCGCCUUCGCGCACGGAGACCUGGACCCGAAAGGUGACGACUUUGUCCCGUGUGUAACGGACAUCCACUCGUUCUCCUCAGCCUUUCUGUUCUCCAUUGAAGUCCAGGUGACCAUCGGUUUUGGCGGACGGAUGGUCACUGAGGAGUGCCUAUCGGCCAUCGUGAUACUGAUCAUUCAGAACAUAGUCGGCUUGCUGAUCAAUGCCAUCAUGCUAGGAUGCAUCUUCAUGAAAACCGCGCAAGCAAACCGGCGAGCGGAAACGCUCAUCUUCAGCAAACACGCGGUUAUAACCGUCAGAAACAACAAGCUGUGCUUCAUGUUUCGCCUCGGGGACUUGAGGAAGAGCAUGAUCAUCAGUGCCGCCAUCCACAUGCAGGUGGUGCGGAAAACCGUCACCAAUGAAGGCGAGAUGGUGCCUUUGGAUCAGAUAGACAUCCAGAUGGACAACCCGGUGGGCACCAACAGCAUCUUUCUGGUGUCACCCCUCAUCAUCAACCACGUCAUUGACAAAAACAGCCCGCUGUAUGAUCUAUCGGCGGCUGAUCUGCUGCACGAGGACAUUGAGGUGGUCGUCGUGCUGGAGGGGGUCGUGGAGACCACCGGCAUCACCACUCAAGCGCGGACAUCUUACCUGUCUGAGGAGAUCUUAUGGGGUCAGAGGUUUGUGCCGACGGUGUCUCAAGAAGAUGGGAUGUAUGCUGUGGACUAUUCUAAGUUUGGGAACACCGUUAAAGUGCCCACGCCGAGCUGCAGCGCGCGAGCUCUGGAUGAGGCGGGAGGACUGGAGAGGUUUAAACUGCAGGAGUCCAGCAGCAGGACAGGCGCAUCCGUGCGGAGAAGAGUCAAGUUCAGCACACCAAAGAAACCGGAAACUGUUGUGUCGUUAACCUCCUGAGACGUUUUACUAUCAUUUAUU